AUGGCCGCCCUCGUGUCAAAGCAGAUUACAGUGAUUGUAUGUUUUGCGGUGUUGGACCUGUUGGCAGUGAUUGCCAUGGGUCUUCGCUUCUAUUCUAUGACGGUGGUUCAUCGUAAAAUCAAAAUACACGAUGUUCUAUGUAUCGUAUCGCUGGUGAUGCUUAUCGCAUACAGCAUCGAUUUGCUCGUUGGCACGAUUGCCGGUGGAAUCGGACUCCACCGUCUUCAAGUCCCGAUACCCACAAUGGAGACUGGCCUGAAGGCAUUCUUCUCAUCACAGUUCUUCUGGGCUAUCUCCAUCGCCAGCUUCCGACUUGCUAUUCUGGACUUUUACGUCCAAGCCUUCCCCACCCGGAUCUUUCAGUACUUUGCUUACGGUGCGAUGACCAUCGUCUGCCUUUUCUUCGUCGGCAGUAUUACGACAACGUUGGCGAUGUGUCGCCCAAUCGUUUCCAACUGGGACCUAAAUAUCCACGGAAAAUGCGGCGACGAAGGAACAGCUGAGUUAGCCGCAGCUGCAUUCAACAUGGCCCUCGACAUAGGAAUCGUGGUCCUGCCAGUCCCAGUGAUCUGGGGUCUGCAUAUGAGCAAGCAGAAGAAGGCUGCCGUGAUGGCCACGUUUGCUUUGAGUCUGGGCAUUUCUGCCAUCAAUCUGGCUCGUAUCAUCCAAGUCCUCCGCUGCAGCCUAUCCGACUUUACAUACUGCACUGCGGACAGUGCAAUCCUAACCGUAGCCGAGAUGGCUGUCGGUAUUAUCGUCGCCUGCGUUCCAAUGCUUGGCCCGGUGAUUUUCCCAGAGCGCCGUCGCCGCUUCGACAAGCGUUAUGUCUACCAGCCCAACAAGACUUCUUACGGCUCAUCUCAAAAGCACAGUCGCCAGCAUAGCGAUAGCCAGGGUAGCACCGAGAUGGCACUGGGACCAGGCUGGGACAAACGACAAAACAUGCAGUAUACCGAAAUCCAUAAUAAAGUCCUGCCCCCAACACCGGUCAAAGUCAGACAAGGUGAGAUCGCUGUGUGGCGCGAGUUUGAGGUGCAGUCAGACGCAGAUAACCGGGUGUAA